UCCUGGACUAUGGAAACAUGACUUGUACUUACCGUCUCAACAAAUACUAAUUCACGGACAAACUUAAUACGUUAUCACCCUCCAGGAAACCAAUGAGUUACUCUUGAAACAACGACAUUAUUCGGAACGUCGGUUUUCUUGUCUUUUUUGGUCUUUUUGUUGGAGAAAGAGCCCCUCGGGGUUGUCGGGCCAGUGGGUCGUAAGGAGUUGGAACAACGGCGAGCUGUCCGUAACAGUCACCAUUACUUCUUUGAAAAUUCUACAGUCUUUCUUAGACGCUUUUUAAAUGCUGCGACACGUUCAGGUUAACUCUUGGUGGUUAUUUUAGGGUUUAACGGUGGCCAUGAUGUGCGAAAGAGCGACUCGGUGGACUGGUCAGACCAGUGUCAAAGGCUAAGCUAGGUCUUGAUCCGAACUGUUAUGAAAGAUGCCUUCUGAGUUUAUAUUUAUAACUAACUACACAGCUGUGUUACGCCGUAGACUUACGCUAAAACACCGAUACUUUUAAGCAGAAUUCCUUUUAACACUUAACGAUUGAAUGACACAGGAGACACCAUGUCGUUUUUUAAUUUCCGUAAAAUAUUUAAAUUGGGAGCGGAGAAGAAGAAGAAACAGUAUGAACACGUCCGCAGAGAUGAGAAUCCAGAGGAAAUAUGGGAAAUAAUAGGUGAACUUGGAGAUGGAGCUUUUGGAAAGGUCUUCAAGGCCCAGAACAAGCAGACAGGCAUUCUAGCUGCUGCCAAAGUCAUUGACACAAAGACAGAGGAGGAGCUGGAGGACUACAUGGUGGAGAUCGACAUCCUGGCCUCUUGUGAUCACCAAAACAUUGUCAAACUGCUCGACGCUUUCUAUUAUGAGAGCAAACUGUGGAUUCUCAUCGAGUUCUGUGCAGGAGGGGCAGUGGAUGCCGUCAUGCUCGAGCUGGAGAGACCCCUGAUGGAGCCUCAGAUCAGGGUGGUGUGCAGGCAGACUCUGCAGGCGCUCGCCUACCUCCAUGAAAACAAAAUUAUUCACAGAGACCUGAAAGCAGGCAACAUCCUCCUCACGCUGGAGGGUGACGUCAAGCUGGCUGACUUCGGUGUGUCUGCCAGAAAUACCAAAACGCUGCAGCGAAGAGACUCUUUCAUCGGAACGCCUUAUUGGAUGGCUCCAGAGGUCGUGAUGUGCGAGACCUCCAAGGACCGUCCAUACGACUACAAGGCAGACAUCUGGUCCCUCGGGGUCACCUUAAUUGAGCUGGCACAGAUUGAGCCGCCCAAUCACGAGAUGAAUCCCAUGAGAGUCCUGCUGAAAAUAGCCAAGGCCGAUCCUCCUACCCUGAUGCAGCCGUCACGUUGGUCUCCAGAAUUUAGUGAUUUCCUGAAGCGGUGCCUCGAUAAGAAUGUGGACAACAGAUGGAGUACAACACAGCUUCUGCAGCAUUCGUUUGUGUCGACUGUGACUGAUAGCAAACCACUGAGGGAGCUGAUCGCUGAGGCAAAGGCUGAGGUCACCGAGGAGAUCGAAGAGCAUAAAGAGGAAGAAGAGGAGGAAGACACAGAGGCACAUCUGGGCCACAAACGAGCCCCAUCUGAUGUCAGUGUCGCCAGCUCAGAGGAUGAGAAAAUUCCCCUCUCUCCCUCCAUUUUGGAAUCAGUCCCUGAGAAGAUCGAGCUGCCGGCAUCCACCCCGAAUGAGCCUCCCAUGGCCAACCACGUGGUUGAGACCAGAUCUGUAGAAGAGCCUGCCGCAGAGGAACACACAGAGGUGGGUUCAAACACUCCAGUUAAAGAAGAAGAGGCUGAGAAUAAAUCAGUGGAGGAAGAAAUUCCAGAGCCAGUGGCUGAAGUUUCCUCACCUGAACCAGAGGCACCUUCUAAGGAACUACAGCAGCUGGAAAUGAACGUUGAGGAUGAAAAGGAAGUGGACACAGCAGAGGUUGCAGAGGUCUCUGAGCCUCAUCAGGAAGAAAACACACCUGUUUCAGAGGAACCAAACACUCCAGCCGAGGAUGAGGAGGAAGACCGAUACAAACAUCUAAAAGUGGCUUUGACUCUCCCAGAGCCAGAAAACGUUGUCCUGAAAGAGGAGAAUGGAGAGAAGGCCACAGCAAAAGAAGGAACAAAUGUUGAGGAGGAGAAGACGGUGCCAGACACAGCUAAAGAUGACAAAGAGAGAGACUCUGAUUCAGGAAGUGUUUCAGCUGCAGAUAACAGCAGUGUAGACCUGAAUCUGUCCAUCUCAAGCUUUUUGUCCAAAACAAAAGAGCCUGGAACUGUUUCUAUACAGGACACCAAACGUCAGAAGAAGACGCUGAAAAAGACUCGCAAGUUCAUUGUGGACGGGGUGGAAGUCAGCGUAACAACCUCAAAGAUCAUCACUGACAAUGACACCAAGAACGAGGAGAUGAGAUUCCUGAGGCGGCAGGAGCUGAGGGAGCUUCGUCUCCUGCAGAAGGAGGAGCAGAGAGCCCAGCAGCAGCUCAGUAACAAGCUGCAGCAGCAGAAGGAGCAAAUCUACCGGCGCUUUGAACAGGAGACCACGAGUAAGAAGCGUCAGUACGACCAGGAGGUGGAGAACCUGGAGCGCCAGCAGAAGCAGACCAUUGAGAGGCUGGAGCAGGAGCACACCAACCGGCUCCGGGACGAGGCCAAACGCAUCAAAGCCGAGCAGGAAAAAGAACUGUCCAAGUACCAGAACAUGCUGAAGAACCGAAAGAAGGAGGAGCAAGAGUUCCUCCAGAAGCAGCAGCAGGACCUGGACAGCGCCCUAAAGAAGAUCAUCCAGCAGCACAAACACGAGCUCGCCACCAUUGAGAGAGAUUGCCUCAACCACAAGCAGCAGCUCCUCCGAGCGCGUGAAGCUGCAAUGUGGGAGCUGGAAGAGCGCCACCUGCAGGAGAAACAUCAGCUGUUCAAACAGCAGCUCAAAGACCAGUACUUCAUGCAGAGACACCAGCUUCUCAAGAGACACGAAAAGGAGAUGGAGCAGAUGCAACGCUACAACCAGCGUCUCAUCGAAGAGAUGAAGAACAAACAGACGCAGGAGAGAGCGCGACUGCCUAAGAUCCAACGCAGUGAGGCCAAAACGCGCAUGGCCAUGUUCAAGAAGAGCCUCCGCAUCACCGCAGUCUCCAUCACCCCUGAGCAGGAGAGGGAGAAGGUCAAGCAGUUUGCAUCUCAGGAGGAGAGAAGACAGAAGAACGAGAGGUUCCAUCAGCAUCAAAAACAUGAAAACCAGAUGAGAGACCUGCAGCUGCAGUGUGACGCCAACGUCCGAGAGCUGCAGCAGCUCCAGAACGAGAAGUGCCACCUGCUCAUCGAACAUGAGACCCAGAAACUGAAGGAGCUGGACGAGGAGCACAGCGUGGAGCUGAAGGAGUGGAGGGAGAAACUGCGACCAAGGAAGAAGGCGCUGGAGGAGGAGUUCGCCAGGAAGCUGCAGGAACAGGAAGUGUUCUUCAAGAUGAGCGGCGAGUCCGAGUGCCUUAACCCCUCCACCCAGAGCCGCAUCUCUAAGUUCUACCCGAUCCCCAGCGUCCACUCCACCGGUUUCUAGGCGACACCUGCCUACGAAUGCACCUGGAAGUUGAAGACGAUGAAGAGCAAGCUGGUGCCGCCUUGCCGUACUUCGUUUACGCUGCAGCUCUACUCAGUGACGCCUGUGAAGGAUUUCUGGUUUGAACCACUGAAGUGAAGCAGCUCUGUCCAGACUUCAUCCGGUGAUUGAAGUGUUUUUAUAUAAAAAAAAUCCAGUGCCUGUAGAAAAGUUUGUUUGUUUAGCUUCUGAAUCCAAGCAGUUCCCGGUCUUUGCUGCUCAACGUUUAUCUUGUUUAGACUUUUGCACUUCUUACCACUCCAUCUGGUCAAAUAUGAAACGGUGUUUAUAAAGUCGAAUGUAUUUCUUAGAAGUUCUUUGUUUUUUACUGUGUUUCCAUUUAAAGGACUGAUGACACAUAAAAUCUUCCAUGUUUGUGAGUGGUAGAGCUUUAGGGUGUAAGACAUUAAAAUAAUCUUGUGCAUGAAUUAAUGCAGGUUUAGGGAGGUUUUUCCUCAAAAUGCCUUCACUUCUGAACACAAACGGUUUAAAGAAUUUCAGAAGACGUGGAGACAAAACUGAAGUGAUGUUUCUACAGGAAGGAGGAUGAUUCUGAAAAUGAUGGAACAUCUUUGUACAUAUAUGUAUUUGGCUGCCAGAUGGACCGACCUGUCGGGCUUUCUGUUCAACCAAUAAGAAGUCUUCAUUCGUAGCCUUAACACUUGUACUGUAAACCUAUUACAACCAUCUAUAAAGGUGUGAAGCGUGUAACAUUUAUUCUGUCUGUAUUCAAACUAAAACACAAACAAGUCAUUUUGUUUAUUUUUUUUAUUAUUAUCAAGUUUGAUUAAUUCUGAAUAAUGCAACAUAAAAAUGGACCUGACUGGUUUAGGCCAUCUCUGAUUGGUUCAUUUAUCAUCUAGUUUACUUUAUGAUUGGCAAUUGUGAGUUUAGUCAUGUAUGGAGUGCUGUGCACCUUCUACAAAACCUCAGCAGCUAUUUAUACAGAAGCUCACGCCGCCUGCUGAAGGUUUGCAGCUUACAAACGUAGAAACACAAAUCAGCUCUGCUUCUAAAUUCAGAAUGUUCAUUAAAGUGAAGGAAAAACAAAAAUCAUUCUGCUUUUUUUAAAAGUACAUGUAUAGUUUUUAGAACGCUCGUGUAAUGUUGAUUUUCAUUUUGUUGUUAAUAAAAUAUUUCUUCUCUU